UAAUCUGAUAAUGUCUGGUCGUGGCAAGAAGGUCCAGAAAGGUCCAGCAGCUGGUAAGGCCUCCAGAUCCUCCAAGGCAGGGCUCCAGUUCCCAGUAGGCCGUAUCCACAGGUUCCUGAGGAAGGGAAACUACGCUGAGAGGAUUGGAUCUGGAGCCAGCAUCUAUCUAGCUGCCACCCUGGAAUACCUGUGUGCUGAGGUCCUGGAGCUGGCGGGAAACGCAGCCAGAGACAACAAGAAAUCCAGGAUCCUGCCCAGACAUAUCCAACUGGCUGUCAGGAAUGAUGAGGAACUGGCCAAGCUGUUUGAUGGGGUCACCAUUGCAGAGGGAGGUGUCCUGCCAAAUAUCCAAGCAAUCCUACUGCCAAAGAAGACUGGAAAAGGAGCGUCCUCACAAGAACCUAAAGCUACAGAGUCUCAGGAUUUUUAAUCAAACUUUAAUACAUGUUGGACUUUGCACCAUA